GCUUAUUACAAAAAAAUAUGGCAGUGUUAUCUGAAUAUUUGUGAGAGAGUGCUAUCGUGUAACAUAUUUAAUUGAAGUGAAUAAUAUAUUUUCAAAGUGGUAAUUAUUAAUAUGUACAAUAAAUUUGUGUAAUUAGGUAAUUUAAAAAAUUAUCAUGUCUUAUCCGGGCAGGCCUUCACUUAUUCCGGGUGUUCCGGUCCCGCCUCCGAUGACUUAUGUACCAAUUACUGGUCCACCACCAACGCUGCUUCAACCAGUAAUGCCAAUUCAGCACAUGAUGCCGGUUACAGUACAAGCGCCACCACAGCUGAGAAAUUUUCGACAACAAAAUCCUACCCAAGCAACUCAAGCUAGAGCACCGGCACCUCAACAACCUGUUGCAAAACCUACUGAAGGGCCACCAGUGACAGUAUUUAUUGGAAACAUCACCGAAAAAGCUCCAGAUGCUAUGGUAAGACAAAUAUUAGCAGCUUGUGGGCCUGUUCUUAGUUGGAAACGUGUACAAGCUUUUGGUUUUUGUGAAUUAGCUGGUCCAGAAGCUGGAUUACGUGCUGUUCGUUUACUUCAUGAUCGAAUGAUUGGAGAAAAACGACUUGUUGCAAAAGUCGAUGCUAAAACUAAAACUGUAUUAGACGAAUAUAAAACGGAGAGGCGAAAAAAAUUACAAGGAGAAAUUGGAGAAAGUUCACCAUUACAGGAUGAACAAACAACUGCUGAAGAUGAUAAUUAUUUAGAUGAUGAAAUGCGAGAGGAUGACAAAAAAGCAAUUGAACGCAUAAAUGCCAUUGUACAAGAAUACAAAGAAGAAAUGAAUAAUUAUGAAGCCCAUUUACAAGAAGAACAAUUAGAAAAAAGGAAAAAAAUACUCGAUGAAGCUGAUAUUGAAGAAGGUAAACGAGAUUUAAUUACAAGAGAAAUUGGUAAAUUUCGAGAAAUUAUGAAGAAACAAGAACAAGAAAAAGAAGUAUCCAGGAGGCAAAGAGAAAAAGAUCGCGGUGGUGAUGAUUCAAGAGAGAGAGAUCGUGACCGUGAUAGAGAUAGCUUAGACAGGGAUAGAGAAGACAGUAAAAGUAGAAAAAGAUCCCGGUCGAGGUCUCGAGACAGGGAACGUGAACGUGAAAGAGAAAGAGAAAAGGAACGUGAAAGGGAGCGAGAGCGUGAAAGAGAAAGAGAACGUGAAAGGGAACAACGAGAACGUGACAGAGAAAGAGAACGGGAAAGAGAAAGGGAUCGUGAUCGAGAUCGCGAAAGAGAUAGAGAUAGAGAAAGGGAUACGGAAAGAGAUAAGACAAAAAGUACUAAAGAAGUUUUAAAAGAAAAAGAAAUGGAGGAAGAGGCUAAAGAAAAAAAGAAAGCUGAUAGACGAGCGAGAGAAAAAGAAGCGGCCUAUCAAGAAAGAUUACGAACAUGGGAAACUCGAGAAAGGCGAAAAGCUAAAGAAUAUGAUAAGGAACGUGAAAAAGAACGUUUAAAAGAAGAAGAGCGUGAAAGAGAUGCAAAACGUUUAAAAGAAUUUUUAGAAGAUUACGACGACGAAAGAGAUGAUGCAAAAUAUUACAAAGGGCGUGAAUUACAGCGUAGGUUGGCUGAUCGUGUAAAAGAGGCCGAAGCAGACACACGUGAUAGGCAAAAAGAAAAGGACGAAUUAGAAGAGUUAAAGAACAAAAUAUUCUCUAGUUCGUAUGAAGAUCCUACUGCUGAAUUUGAAAAGGUGCGAAAAGAACGUGAAGAAUUAUAUAAACCAAAAUUAUUAAUCGACGUUAAUUUAGAACAAAGUAAACAGCGUGAAAGGGAGAGAGAACGUGAAUUACAACGACAGUUAGCUAGGCAAAGAGAAGCUCAAAGGGAAGCUGACCGUGAAAGAGAUCGUCAAAGGGAUAAACAAGAACGAGAAAGAUAUGUACUGGAACAAGCUGCACAAGAAUUGGCGGCAGUUGAAGCAGAACCUAUUGAAAGUGAUUCCGAUAUGGAUAAUCAACAUUUCGAUGACGGCGGGCAUACUCCUGAACCUGUUAAACCAAUAAAAUCCGAAUCAAAUCACCAUCCACCGGAUGAAGACACGCGGAUGUCAGCAAUAUCUUCAUUAAAUGAUAAUUCAAUGGACGCUCAAACAACACCUGUUUCUACUUUUAUAAACUCACAUGGAGCAAUAUCUGCAUCAGCUGGAGAGAAAAUGCUUACGAAACCAAUAACAUUUUCACCAAACCAGAACGCAAUUAAAGACAAAAAGAAGAAAGUUGACUUAAAAGAAGUAUUUAAUACAGACGAUGAUGAUGAUUCAAAUCUUGUAAAUUCGAAAAAACGAAAAUUAGUUCCUUUGGAUUAUAAUGAAGAUAAAAAAACAAAGAAAGAUAAAAAUGAGAAAAAAGGUGGCGAGGAAAAUAAUUCUAAAGUACAAGAUGAAAAACGUAAACAUAUAAAAGCAUUAAUUGAUAAGAUACCAACAGAAAAGAAUGCGUUAUUUGCAUUCCAAUUAGAUUGGUCAGUAAUCGAUAGUAAUUUAAUGGAGAAACGGAUACGACCAUGGAUCAAUAAAAAAAUUAUUGAAUAUAUUGGCGAACCUGAACCGACCUUAGUUGAUUUUAUAUGUUCAAAAGUAUUAGCAGGAUCACAACCUCAGGGUAUAUUAGACGACGUGCAAAUGGUAUUGGAUGAAGAGGCUGAAGUAUUUGUGGUGAAAAUGUGGAGAUUAUUAAUUUAUGAAGUAGAAGCUAAGAAAUUAGGUUUAGUUAAGUAAUGUGAUGAACUUUUUUUUAAAUACAAGUUAUGUAUUUUAUC